AUGUUCUACUGCGUUCGGCAGCGUUGAAUGAAAUCGUAUUUUUCUUCGGCGCCAGGUCGCGCUUGCAGCAUACAAAAUGGCAAAACAUCAUCCCGAUUUGAUUUUCUGCAGGAAACAGGCUGGAGUCGCCAUAGGUCGUCUUUGUGAAAAAUGCGACGGAAAGUGUGUAAUCUGCGACUCAUACGUUCGUCCAUGCACACUUGUGCGUAUCUGCGAUGAGUGCAACUAUGGAUCAUAUCAGGGCAGGUGCGUGAUCUGCGGCGGCCCUGGCGUAUCUGACGCAUACUACUGUAAGGAGUGUACGAUUCAAGAGAAGGACAGAGAUGGCUGUCCGAAAAUUGUCAACCUCGGAAGUUCUAAAACGGAUCUAUUUUACGAACGAAAAAAAUACGGAUUCAAGAAACGAUAGACAGCGCCCAGGAGCGGUUAGGGAAUGCGGACAACGAUAAACAUUCAAUAUAUGUCGACUGCUUCUCUGUAUCUUGGAAAUGAGAAUAAUUGCGUUCACCGCUUAAUUUGAGUAUCCCUCAAUUUAAUAAAGCAUAAAGUAGGUUACGCUGAAUAUAGUAAUUGGCUGGUCGACAGGUUAGGAAUUUGAGUGAUUUAGCGUUCACCCGAGAUUUCAUGACGUUGAGUGAAAUAGAGUGUUAUGCAUAAAAGACUGGCUAAAUGAAAAACUCCUGGUCAUCGCAGCUAUCGUUUUCCGCUCCUGGGCCAAUAUGUUUAUUGCACUAUUUUUAUACUGAAAGAAAUCUGUCAACAGAAGAACAGCUGUCCAUUACCUGGCCAUUAAAUGAGCCACAAGUGGGCAUGUAUUAAUCCAC